AUGAUUCUGGGGGCGGGCAUGGCAGCUGUGGACGAGAAGAGUCACUGUACAGACACUCAGUCCAGCUCCUCUGUAUCUUCUUGUCAAAACUGCACGCUCCGAUUACGAGAGCUGCAUUGUCUAAGUCAGCGAGUGUUCCCUCGCAGGGACGCCAAGGUGCGGAAGUCUGUGGAGCGGAUCUUCUCCAUCUGGGAGGAGCGGAACGUGUAUCCCGAGGAGCUGAUCACGGAGCUGAAGACCAGUCUGGUCAAGAAGGAGCCUGCUGUUUCAGCUCCAGUGAACCCCAAGUCGGCCCUGAAAUCGAAGAUAGUGGCAGAGUUUGCGCCCCAGGCAUUCAUCGAGCAGCUGUCGGCCUACCAGCGCUCGGUGGAGGAGGUGGAGCUGAAGGAGAAGCAGCUGUCGGCGCUCAGGGUCGACGUCUGCAGCACUGAAACGCUGAAGCGCCUCAAAGACAAGGCCGGUGGGAAGAAGUUCUCCAAGGACUUCGAGGACGGCAACGCGAAGCUGGAGGAGUUCGUCUCCUUCCUGGAGACCCAGGUGUGUAGCGGCCCCAAGCUGAUCGACGCGCUGGAGAACGCCGACGUCUUCUACGAGAUGCAGUACAAGGAGGUCAAGAUCGUCGCCAAUGCCUACAAGACGUUUGCGAACCGCGUGAACAACCUGAAGAGGAAGCUGGACGUGCUGAAGGCGUCGCUGCCCGACCCCGAGGACUCGCCCAUCCCCUCGCCCAGCGAGGACGCGCCCUCCCCCACGGGCUCGGAGUCCCCCUUCCACGGCAUGGGGCGCGCCGAGGGGGACCCCGACAUCGACGGGCAGGCCAUGGACGAGCCGGAGGGGGGCGCCAGCCCCCUGUCGUCCGCCAGCCCCCCCACCCACAGCGCGGACAACCGGGACGUGCAGGACAUGGAGCUGUCCGAGGAGGAGGAGACGGAGAGCGCCAACAUCAUCGUGGAGGAGAGGAGGGAGAAGCCCGCUCCUGCGGAGUCCAGUCCAGCCCCGGUCAGCCGGGCCUCUGAGGCACCCGCAGCCAAGCAGGUGACCCCCCCGGUGAGCGCUUCCCCCGCGCGGACCCCCGGCACCCCUGGGACUCCGUCCCACCCGCUCCCCGUCAACCUGGCCAACGUGGAUCUGGGCAAGAUCAGCUCCAUCCUCAGCUCCCUCACCUCCGUGAUGAAGAGCACAGGUGUGAGCCCCGUGUCCAGGCCUUCCCCCGGGACCCCCGGCACGCCCACCCCCCACGGCGCAGUCCUGAAGCCCCCCCCUCCGGCCGCGGGACCCCCUGCCAACCCCCUGGCCAGCAUCCUGUCCCGCGUGGACAUCACGCCCGAGAGCAUCCUGAGCGCCCUGUCCAAGACGCAAGGCCAGACCACCGGGCUGCAGGGCCUGUCGUCUCUGCUGCACAGCGUGGCGGGGAACAGCUCUCACAACGCGGGGGCCGCGGGCGGGGUCCCCAACUCCGGCAAGGAACGGCCGGCCCCCCCCGCCGGCGCCAACCAGGCCCCCCGCGGCCACAGCGGCCCCUCGCAGAGCUCCCCCACCCCCACCCCGGCCCCCGCGGACGCCGCCGCCGCCUCCUCCUCCUCCUCCUCGUCCUCCUCCGGCCCCGCGGGCAAGAGCGCCCCCUCGGCGUCGGCCAAGCACAAGCUGCCGGCCCGGAGCGGCUACAGGAGCGCCAGGGACUCCGAGAGGGAGAGGGAGAGGGCGAAGGAGCGGGAGAGGGAGCCGCCUGUGCCGGCGGCCCCCACCUCCUCUUCCUCCUCCUCCUCCUCCUCUUCUCCCUCCAGCCUGGAGAUGAAGAUCCACAAGUUCCUGCAGGGCAACCCUGGCUUCAGCGCGCUGAACCUCAACAUCCCCAUCCUGGGCGGCGCGGGGGGCGGCACCGGCAGCCCCUCCCUGCCCGUCGCCCAGGGCAACAGCUGCCCGGACUUCGGGCACCUGCGCCUGCCCCCGCCCGCGGACAACGUGGACGGGACCCCGGUGCGGGACGAGAGGGGGGCCACGCCCACGCAGGACGAGAUGAUGGACAAGCCCGCGGGCGUGGAGACCAUGUCCCUCCUGUCCAAGAUCCUGAGCCCCGGGUCGUCGUCCACCCCCGGCAGCAGCACGCGCUCCCCGCUGUCCGCGGCCGCCCCCGGGAAUCCUGGGAGGGCCGGCACCGUCUGCUCCUCGUCGGGCUCUUCCGCGCCCGCCGCCCUGCCCCCCCCCUCCUCCUCCUCCUCCUCCUCCUCCUCCUACAAGGCGUUCGGCCAGGGGGGGCGCGACCUGUCUCCCACCGCGUACCGGGGGGGCGACUCCUGGGAGAAGCCGGACUUUUCCGAAGCCCUGCCCGCGGCAGGAUCGUUCUAUCCCCGCGACGCCUCGGGAUUCGGGGAGGCGGAAGACGAGUACCCCGGCUUUGGGGGCCCCCCCACCUCGGCCCUCUUCAACCUGGACAAGAAGCCGGCCAAGUCCAUCCUGAAGUCCUCAGCGGGCGGAGGCGGGAGGGCGCCGGAGGACCACAGGCGGAAGAGCGGGGUCUCCUCCUCCUCCUCCUCCUCGGCGGCUGUGUCGGCGGCCGCCAGCUCCCCGCACGCCGCCCCCGCCGACUCGCUCACCGCAGCGCCCCACAAGCCCAGGGAGCGGACGAAGGAGGGGUACCCCUUCGGCGAAGGGGUACUGGUAGUGGUGCCAGUUGUCUGA